CUCAACUAUCUUUAUCCAGGACUUCCAACCGUUACAAUUCAAUCUCAUUUUCUCCACUUUAGACUGUAGCUUCUAGCCUUCAAUGGCUUUCGACCAGUUCUAGUUUGAAGUCAAAAGCUGAGAAGCAGAGAGGUUUCUCUGAAAAGAUAACAUGAAAGGCAAAUGUGCAAUCAAGAGAGAUGUUACUGAAUUGAUAGGCAAUACACCAAUGGUAUAUCUCAACAAUAUCGUAGGUGGUUGUUUAGCCCGUAUUGCUGCCAAGCUCGAGAGGAUGGAACCCUGUUCUAGUGUUAAAGACAGGAUUGCGUACGGUAUGAUUAAAGAUGCAGAGGAUAAUGGUCUGAUCACUCCUGGGAAGACUGUCCUCAUUGAGCCAACUAGUGGUAACACUGGCAUUGGAUUGGCAUUCAUCGCAGCAGUCAAGGGUUACAAAGUCAAAAUUGUCAUGCAAGCUUCAAUGAGUCUUGAGAGAAAGAUUGUCGUCCGUGCUUUUGGAGCUGAGUUGUACCUUACAGAUCCCGCAAAGGGCAAUGAUGGGAUUUUUGAGAAGGCCAAUGAGCUACUAAAUACAACACCAAAUGGUUAUAUGCUUAAUCAAACUGAAAAUCCUGUCAACCCCAAGACCCAUUAUGAGACCACUGGCCCAGAGAUAUGGAGAGAUUCUGGAGAGAAAGUUGAUAUCCUGGUUGCAGCGGUAGGGACUGGGGGUACGAUAACUGGUGCAGGGAAUUUCCUCAAGAGCAAAAAUCCAGAGAUUAAGGUAUAUGGGGUAGAACCAGCUGAAAGUGCGGUCUUAAGUGGAGGACAGCCUGUGCAUGGCUGCAUGCAAGGAUUCUUGGAGAGACUGGCGCAGUUCUCUUACUGUAUACGUUGCAUUCAUGCACAUCUCAUAGGUGAGCAUCAGAUCCAAGGAAUUGGUCCUGGUUUUAUCCCUACUGUUCUGGAUGUCAAUGUUCUUGAUGAAGUUAUUCAAGUAUCCAGUGAGGAAGCCAUCGAAACUGCUAAGUUGCUUGCCUUGAAAGAAGGUUUACUGGUGGGGAUUUCAUCUGGUGCUGCAGCGGCUGGAGCAAUAAGGGUAGCUAAGAGGCCGGAAAACACUGGAAAACUUAUUGUUGUAAUUUUUCCGAGCACUGGAGAGCGUUAUCUGUCUACUGUACUCUUUGAUUCCAUUAGGCGUGAGGCAGAGAACAUGUCUUUUGACUAACGUGAUACUGAAUAUCAGGAAGUGCUCUAUAUAUUUCUUGCACAUAUCUCAAAUAAUGAGAAAAAUUCACUGUUUUGUUGUU